GCACUUUCGGCCAAGUUGUUCCUGUGUCAAAAAGAUCAGUGCAUCUGUGCGCAAGGGGCUCGUGAGUUAAAGGGCAUUUAGUAGGAUAAAGGUAUUUGAAGUGAACGAUUGAAAGCCUUGCUUUAUCAGUCUGUUCAGGUGUUGAACAUGCCGGUUGAUUGGGCUGGAUACGGAUAUGCAGCCUUAGUUGCAUCCGGAGGAGUCAUCGGAUAUGUGAAAGCAGGCAGCGUCCCCUCCCUGGCUGCUGGGCUCUUAUUCGGAGGGCUAGCUGGCGUUGGGGCCUAUCAGAUUUCCGAAGACCCAAAGAAUGUUUGGGUUUCUUUAGCCACUUCUGGAACCUUGGCUGCUGUUAUGGGAAAGAGAUUUUACAGCUCCAGGAAGUUCAUGCCACCUGGUCUGAUAUGUGUUGCAAGUCUCCUGAUGGCUGCCAAGAUCGGUUAUGGGAUGCUAGAGAAGCCGCAGGAGUCAUAACACUCUGAUACUUAAUGAAUCAUGGCCUUCUUGUAUGUAAUAAUCCAUGUAUAUCCUGACGUCAGACCAACAAAUCUUUUUGUAUAGAAAUAUAAAUAAAAAUGUAAUAAUUGUUAGUAAAA